UUUAGUCUCGCGAGUUUACUGCUUCCGUUCGGUUGGGUCGUACACGGUCGGGCUGCCGCCAGAUCAUGCUUGCACAGAGAGGCCGGCCCCCGAUUGUCCGUUGUGCGUUUCCAUGUGGAAAAGGAUCAGAACGCAAUCACCGUGCCCCCGUGUGACUUCGUCGUUAGUGCGACCGUGACCGUGAAUAGGUUGUGUCUACUUAAAACUGACACACUGAGUUGAUAGUUUUUAUCUGCGGUCGGGAAUCCUUACCCCGGUGGCGUGGUUUGUGUGUGUGUGUGUGUGUCGUACAAGAAAGUUGUAAGAAAGCAAUCAAAACAAAAGUGCGUAGCAGAAAUACCAAGAAAACGAGAAAAAAAUCGAAAGCGGUCGUUGGCCAAUUUAUCACACCACAGGGCCAAUUUUUUAUCCUCGUGUCUCGUGUGCGGUGCUUGCAUUGGUUUGGGCAGAGGGUUUCUUUUUGUGGGUUUGUUCCCGCAGCCCUUCGAAGUGGUGGUUACAUAAAUUGAUCGAACACCGAUCAAUUACUUGUUCAUUGUGGUUUAUUUAUUGGUGCGUUGUUAUUCGUUGAACAGUCUUCAAAAGAAACACGCAGAUAGAAUAACGAAUAAAUCAAAAUCGAAACGUGUGUUCAGCCUUCGAAGUGACGGCUGUAAACGAUCGUAGUAGCCGCUGGUUUUCGCGCCCUUUUUGCGUGUCAACGCAUUGUCACAUGGUUGUGUGCAGCACGAAACGUUAUCACACGCACUAUUCCACAACCGCACCCGUAAUACAUCCUGCUCCACAUCAACAGCCCUCUCCGUGUGUGUGUGUGUCGAUAAAAACGUGCGAAAAAUCUUUGCCAAAUUGAGGCUCUGCGAUUGCGAUCGGUGUAGUGAAGUUGUACUAAAAUCAACGAGCGACCAACGAUAGGAGCGCGCACGGUGUAAUUUAAUUACCCAUUUUUUUAUGGUUGCUGCCCAGAGUUCCUGCGGCCUUUGGUAACUUAUCGUCACGGUACUUUAUCGCGGUGUGUUAUCUCGUGCAUGUAUUUGUUUGGUUUCGGAUCGUUUUUUUGUGUGGUUUUAUUUUUGCACGCUCGUUCGCCUGUGUGAACCGAUUCCCGGAGGUUUGGCCGGAGGUUGAUAGUCGCCGGAAUGUGUCGUUUUGCGGAAGCGAAAAGCGUUCCUAUGCGGUGUGUCCGUUGUGCGAGAGUGAGAUAAAACAGGGCAGUUGAAUGAUAAACUCACAAAGUCGCGCUAACUAGCUGCCCAAAUAAUAGGCGCUCCUGCGAGUGUGGUGCGUGUACCUGUGUGGUGUGAUAAAGCAAUAAAAGGUAGCCCCACCAGAGGGUGUGUUAUGAGGCCAGUUUUGUGAAGUGAUACUACCAAAAGAUAGUAGAUCGCGGUGGGAUACAGCGCCGAAAGGGAAGUCGCAUCUAAGUUAAUAUAGAAACAAACAGCAAAAACGAAAUGUUGUACAACGCAGAUGAUUGUCCCGAUAGUGGUGGCGAUACGGUCGGUUCCGGAGCGGGCGGUGGAUCAGCGGCAAGCAGUGGCGGUGGCACGACCGCCGCCGAGCUAAAUUGCGCGACACCGACCUCACCGGGGAUGAAGCGGCAGGACGCGGUGGUGACGAUGCACGGUGACGGGGACGGGUCGAUCGAUGGGGGUGAUCCGGCCACCGGUACUGGCCCGAGCAUGGCUGGCUACGAGCCAUGCGAUCCGCUAAUUAUCUUGAAUCUAUUUCAAUCCCUGUCCGCCACCACCAACUCGCUGGAGCUGCAGAUGAAAAUCAAUCUUCACCUGAAGGCCCUCACGAGAUCACCGUACGUCUUUCUCGUGCCAAUCCUGCAUUCCAGCGAGGAAGGUCUCAUACAGGUCAUUAACGAUAACGUGCUCGAGAAGGAGAUUCGCUUUUCCAUCAACUCGUCACAUUUCCGCAGUGGGUCACAUCACAACGGGUACCCGUUCGUCAUCGAUGACCUUAACAAGGAUUUUUCCGAAGUAAUUGAGAUGGUCGUCGGCAACAAGCACAACACCCUGAUCUACGACAUCCUAGGUCCGAAGGUGAGCAAACUCCAGUCACAAACAUCGACGACAUCGGCCUCCUCGACGUCAUCGCUGAACGAGCUGAACUUCACGUCUUCCGUCCAGCAGACGUACAACGGUGCCGCGAGCGUUCCACCGCACCAGCAACAGCAGAUCGCAUUGUUCGUCUGCAUUGCGGGUGACAGCACCGCCCGAUCGCGGUAUCAGUUCUACAUCGACGAUACGUUCCGGUACGUGCUAGGACACCUGGUGACGGCGUUCGAGCUGUACGAGGAGAAGCGUGUGCGUGAUCAGUGCCAAAAUUUGCUCCAAGUCGCCCGCCGGUUGCUGGGAAAGAUAGGCGAUCUGGGCCAACUGCUGCGGGGCGUGAUGACGGAGGCGAAGGAACUGGCGGCCGCAGAACGAUGCUCUCUAUUUCUGCUCGACAAGCAUACCGGCGAACUGGUUUCGAAGGUUUUCGAUGGCAAUGAGGCCUCGAAGGAGAUACGCAUCGAGAGUGGCAAAGGGAUCGCUGGGUACGUCGCACAAACCGGUAAACUGCUAAACAUCCGCAACGCAUACCAACAUCCACUGUUCUACAAAGGGGUGGACGAGUCGACCGGCUUCAAAACGAGGAACAUUCUCUGUUUUCCCAUCUGUGACGAGGAAGGCGUUAUCGGUGUUGCUCAGCUGUGCAAUAAGCUGAGCGGAUUUCAUUUCGACAAAUGUGACGAAGAGGUGGCGACCGCAUUCUCCGUGUACUGUGGCAUCAGCAUCAUGCACGCCCUGGUGCACAAACAGGUCCAGAAGGCGGAGGCACGCUACAAACUGUCCCAGGAGUUGCUUCUCUAUCACAUGAAGGUACCGGAUAUGGAGGUAAAUCACGCCCUGGAAGCAGUGAAGGAACCGGAUCGGGAGCAGACCGAACUCUAUCGAACCUUUCCACGGUUCGACUUCUGUCCGCGCGAUGUGAAGGAUCACGCACUGUCGGUGCAGCUGGCGAUGCGCAUGUUCUACGAUCUGAACUUUGUCGGUAGCUUCAAGAUACACGAGUACAAGCUGGCCCGGUUUGUGUUGCUGGUGCAGAAGGGCUACCGGGACACGCCGUACCAUAACUGGUGGCAUGCAUUCUCCGUGGCACACUUUGCCUACUCGCUCAUGAUGAAUCUACGGUUGAUUGAGCGUGGCAUAAUAACCAAAAUGCAAGGCUUUUCCUUUCUGAUUGCGGCCUUCUGUCACGAUCUGGAUCAUCGAGGCAUUAGCAACAGCUACCAGACACAGACAAGCAGUCCGCUGGCACGACUCUACAGCAGCGAGGGAAGCGUGAACGAGCGUCACCAUCUGUCGCAAGCGAUCUGCAUCCUGAACGACUCGAGCAGCAAGAUACUGGACGGACUAUCGACGACGGAGUUCAAGGAAUGCAUCGACUAUCUGCGCGAGCUUAUCUUGGCCACCGAUCUGGCGAAUCAUUUCCGCAUACUGCCCCGGUUGAAGAAGUUGCGGGCAGAGUACUUGACCGAAGGAUCGAAUCAACGGCUACUGCUGUCCCUCAUGAUCACGUGCUGUGAUUUGAACGAUCAGAUCAAGUCCUGGAAGACGGUGCAACACGUAGCGCACCUUGUCUACGCGGAGUUCUUCGCCGAAGGAGACCUGGAGAAGCAGAUGGGCCUACGGCCGAACGCCAUGAUGGAUCGCAAGAAAGCGUGCAUCCCGAUGCUUCAGAUCGAAUUUCUUACCACCGUCAUACGGCCCACGUUUGAAAUAUUGGUGCAAAUCUUCCCCGAGACUGGUUCGUUCCUGGAGACGAUCGAUAGCAAUCGCGAACAGUGGGAACAGGUACGGAAUCGUGCCGCACAGCAAGGCAACGGCAGUGACGCAUCCGGCAAUGGUGCAACGGAACCGUGCAGUGGAUGCAAUGCGACUGCAGAAUGUUGUGAUUUUACCUGCUACACAAAGGUGAACGAUUAGAAAGAGCGGGGUUUUUAUUUCGGAAUGCUGCAAGCAAGGAAAGACAAUUUUAAUUUAUUUGACAGUAUUUGUAGUAGCGAGUGUUAGAUUUUUCUUUUCGCCGCAAUUCCCACCACCCGCAAUUCCAAUUCCAACAAGCUAAGACAGGAGACGGGGUUUUUCGAGAGAUUGUGUUUGCUGGCAAACAGAUCGUUUACCGUUUUGUUCCCUUUCGCACAGUCCCCUUUGCAAAAUGCAGCACACGCACACAAUUAUGAACCGCACAAAACCUAGCUCGCACGUCAUCAACUACACGAUACCAAAGGACAAGGUCGCGGAUUCGUCUUGUAGCCCACGUGUCUCUUGACAAUGCCACACACACACAGACACACACAAACCGAAACCAAAAAGACAACAUAUUGUUAGUGGGAAGUUUAGUGGUUAGUGGGCUGAUGCAAGCCGAAGGGAGGGAGGGUGAGUGUGGUGGUGUGUUAGAGUAGAGUAUUUUAAUGCUGUUGUACUAGAAUCGAACAGGCCAUAGAUGGUGAGCGGUGGAACGCGGUUGCGGUUCCCUUUACGGUGUAUUCAGACAGGAAAGCAAGCGACUUAAAGCUUAAAGCAAGGAAUGUGCCAGGAUAGCAACAAGAACAAUUUUCGUGGAUAAUAGAUGUAGAAUAAAUAAAUAAUUUAAAAGCUAAA